GCCGCACACCACCUCUUUGCGCCCUUCCCAGCCUGCCAUCGUUGGACUUUUGUAAUUUUUUUUUCCCACGCCUCCGCGAUCAACGACCAGCUCGCAAUCCCCGGAAAUUCGUCUCUCUGGAAGCACCAUUCACGUCGACAGACCAUCUUGCAACACACACAAAUUAAGCAGCAAUGGCGAAAUUAUCGCGUGGUGCCCCCGGCGGCAAGCUGAAGAUGACCCUCGGUCUGCCUGUCGGUGCCAUCAUGAACUGCGCGGACAACUCGGGCGCUCGAAACCUCUACAUCAUCUCCGUCAAGGGCGUCGGCGCCCGCCUGAACCGUCUGCCCGCCGGCGGCGUCGGCGACAUGGUCAUGGCCACCGUCAAGAAGGGCAAGCCCGAGCUCCGCAAGAAGGUCCACCCCGCCGUUAUCGUCCGGCAAUCCAAGCCCUGGAAGCGGACCGACGGCGUCUUCCUGUACUUUGAGGAUAACGCUGGUGUGAUUGUCAACCCCAAGGGUGAGAUGAAGGGCUCCGCUGUUACCGGACCCGUCGGCAAGGAGGCUGCUGAGUUAUGGCCUCGUAUCGCUAGCAACACCGGUGUUGUGAUGUAAACGGGGGACGGGGACAUGCUCGAGGGGGUUAUCAGAGAGAGAGGAGGUUAGAUUUACAUGAUCUUUCCCCUUUUCCACGUGGGGAAAAGAGAGAGGAAGAGAGAGCGCAUCACGAUUGGGACAAACUCUCACCACCUGGCCAGGCCGCCUCCGCGACACACCACGCACGGAGGAAGGGAGGGGGAGGAUGCGCACAGGCAUGCUUAAUACGCUUCUCCGUCGUGGCUCGCCUGUCUGGCUAGCCACAGGAAGUAAGUAGGUAUGGGCUCGGCGGACUGGACUGGUCUGGUCGGUCGGUCGCUUUGCAUUUCGGCUACGGGGCGUAAAGGAGACAAUUACAUACCAAAAAAGAGAAACCGAGCACACACACACAAUCCUGGGGUGUCGUUUGACGGCCCAUUUCAAGCCUUCGUACGUGAACCAAUUGCGACUUGAAUCUCCCUCCCACUACAUCACCCGAGCGUGAUAGGGGUAUAGAUUUCCGUCACACCUUACGGCAGAAGUAAUCACAAUCACAAUCACAAUCACAGUCACAGUCACAGUAGCAGUAAGUAGCAGUAGCAGUAAAUCAGUCGCAAAAUCGC